AUGGAAGACGAGGACGGGAAAGCUGUUGGAGAACAGACUGAGCGAGUCUUAGAAGGUGUAUUUGCGGUAGCUAAACCUGCACAUGUUUCCUCUGCAGAUGUCCUUCUCAAUCUCCAGUCAACGUUCGCUCCAUCAGCUACGUUUGCGCCAUUGCUCAAACACCAACCUAAACGUACCAGCAAAUCGUCUGACCAGGUCUUCCGUCUGGGGCAUGGCGGUACCCUCGACCCUUUGGCUUCAGGCGUGCUCAUUGUAGGGAUCGGGCGCGGUACAAAGUCACUGUCGCAGUUCUUGGCCUGUGACAAGACUUAUGAAACUGUUGUCUUGUUCGGUACCAGCACCGACAGUUACGAUUGUACGGGAACCAUUACAGAAACAGCAAACACUUCGCACGUCACUCGUCAGAUGGUCGAAGAAAAGCUAGGAAAAUUUAGAGGAACCAUCCAGCAAGUCCCCCCUGUAUACUCUGCGCUCAAAAUCAAUGGCAUCAAGGCUUGCGAAUACGUGCGACAAGGCAAGGAAUUACCGAGGGAGUUAGAGAGUAGAGAGAUGCACGUCGACGAGUGUAUGUUGCUAGAUUGGUAUGAUGCGGGAGAGCAUUCCUUCGCAUUUCCUGGCGGAGAAGAGCCGGCUUCAGCACCUGCAGCGCGUAUCAGGUUGACUGUGUGCUCCGGUUUCUACGUUCGCAGCUUUGCGCACGAUCUGGGUAUUGCAUGCAACACCCUUUCACACAUGGCCUCUCUGAAUCGUACACGGCAAGCCAAUUUCACCAUCGAUUCCUCACUCACAUCUCCAGACACCGUUUCCGCCCUCACAUUCGCAGAGCUGGACGCCGGCGAAUCAACUUGGGGUCCAAAGCUCACACCACAGCUUGAGAAGUGGGUUGCCGCUAAUCCGGUUAACCUGGGGCAUGUUAAUGGGCGCCAAGAAAGCAUGAAGCGGAAGAUGGCGCAAGAGAACGAAACGAAGCCUAGACAGAGGUUUCGUGGAGAAUGGGUAGCUGAGACGAAGAAAGAGAGAAUUAGGCAGCAAGGAGGAAAAUUCAAGGGUAAAUGGGGACGGAAGCCCAAAGUUGAAUCAGCGUCUGGAUUGCCUUCAGCAGCACCCACGGACCAUACUAUAAACACCAAAGGAGACGGGUCACCCAGCGAAGCAAAGCCAGCAACAUGA